UGAGCCGCGACUGGCAAGCGAGUGACCUUCGCCCCAAGGAUUCUGUGUGUGAGUGCGUUUCGUGGUGGUCCCAAGCUUUGAAACAAUUCGCCUUUACCGUACGCGUCCGUCACAGUGGAACCGUGUUUUGUGCUUCUUCCAUCUCGAGCCGCGAGGAACAGGCAUGCAAAACAAGAAUGAAAGUGUGCUACUCGGCGCGAAAAGUGCCGGGGUUUUUGUUCGCUGUUAACCCGCGGAAGCAGAAAAUCCUCGAGACGUGCGUUCGAGAGGGUUGCAAGCUCGCAAGUGUGAAGCGAAGUUGAAAAAGUAAAGAAAAAAAGUAACAAAAACGCUCAAGUGCUACGAGCGAAGGUGCCGAGCUUUGUGCGUGAACGGGCCGCGAGUGUGUGUGUGUGUAAGUGUGCGUAUGUGUUCCUAGUUCCCGGCGGCCAGUCCGCGUCCUGGCCCGUGCCAUACACAAUGAAACUAAGUGUCAGUGCCUAUCGAGCCCAUGCAUCAGCACACAAGAAGAUCCUCUCCAGCAGUAGCUAUCAGACACAGUUCAACUACGGAAGUACGGCGGCCGCUUCCAGCUCGGCUCCGACCUCGUCGUCACUGUUUUCAGAGCUGGAACACUUGUUGGCCGAUUCUGAGCCGAAGCAGGAUAAAUGUUGACAUUGAGGUGUUGUUUGUUGGUAACCGUCUGGUGUUAGGCUCGACGGUCAUCUUGAACGGGAUUCCUUGGGCAAACGGUACGACGAUGGACCCGGCGAAUCCGAGUGCAGCAGGGACCGCAUCCGGAGGGGCUAUUCUACCGACAUGUUCGACCAUAUCGUCCGCCAGCUCGCAGAUGCACCCGAAUCCGGCCUUCGGUGCGAUCGGAGGGGGAACAUCCGGACACGGUGCCACCGGAAGUGGAUCCGCCGGCGGUGGCGUCGGAGGCCCCGGUGGAGAGCACGCGUCCAGCCUGCUCAGCCCGACGCUACUUUCCCCGGGGACCAACACCGGUACGGCCUCGAUUGCAACCUCACGCGACGAGGAGGACGAUUCGAGCAACCAGGCUUCAUCCGGCAGCAAGGGUUCCGGCCAGCGCCGGGUCGGUUACAACCGUGCCGUGUCGCGUUCGCCACCGGAAGUGCGCACGUCUCUGGUGUCCCGCACUGGCAGCGCGGAUGGUAGCGUCAUCGGCGGCCAGCGAGCCGGCUAUCAAUCGACGGAGCGUUGCAGCAGCCGCACCAGCCUAACCCGGCGUUCGGGAGCCGGUGUCGCUUCAGGCCACUAUCAAUCAAUUGACCGUAGCCACAGCUUCAACGACCACGAUCACGACGCCAUGGCCCGUUGGUACCAGUACCAUCAGCAACGUCAUCCGUUGUCUCGCACCGGUAGCCGCACGGGCGUCCGUGGCCAACGUCGGCGUUAUUCGCUGCGGGAUGACGACGCCAUGUCGAGCGGCCUGAACCGCAUGGUGUCGUUCGAUAGUGUUGGAGAGCGCGGUUCUGGUGGUGGGUUGCUUACGCGCCAUCGCGUGUCUCAACCGUCUGUGGCGUCCUCAUCGCUCGAUCCGUUCGAGCCCGCCGGGAUGGGUCCGGAGUCGAGCCAACAACACUCGCAACAUCAGCAGCAGCAACAGCAGCAGCAGCAGCUCAACAAAUCCAUCUCCAACGGCACGACGCGAGGCGCCCAAAGCUGGAAGAACCUGCGUGCCGUCAUGGCCUACUACUGUUCACUGCGGAAAAUUAAGAGGACGAAAUCGAACCAGCGAUGGAUGAAGCUACGCACGACGGUACAAAUUUCCUCUGCCAUGCAGAAGAAACCGCCCCUCAAGCGAGAGGACUCCUUCCUGAAGCGCUUCUCCACCCGCCAGAUACCGGAGGCACAGGAAACCGUAGAGGACACUGGCUCUGAGGGAGCGACCGACGCCGAGAAGACCGUCCGGAGGCGUCGGCGAUUCGCCAAAAUCCCUCGCACCGUGGUCAACCCGGACGAGAACUUCUACUUCUACUGGCUCAUGAUCGUCACGAUCAGCAUACUGUACAACCUCUGGACGCUGAUCGUGCGCCAGAGCUUCCCGGAGCUGCAGAGCAAUGCGAGCCGCUUCUGGCUGUCCUGUGAUUGCCUCACCGACAUAGUAUUCAUCUUCGACGUGGCCGUGCAGCUGCGAACGGGGUACCUGGAGCAAGGUCUGAUGGUGUACGACUCGAAGAAGCUGGCCGGGCACUAUCUACGAUCGCGCGCGUUCCUGCUAGAUCUGGCGGCGUUAGUGCCGCUGGACAUCCUCCAGUUUCGGUUGGGUAGCCAGCCGAUGCUGCGAUUCCCAAGGUUCUUUAAGGUGUAUCGAGCGGUCAAGUACUACUACAUCGUGGAGAGCCGCACCGUGUGGCCUAACCUGUGGCGUGUGGUCAACCUCAUCCACAUCCUGCUCAUCCUAGCGCACUGGUUCGGGUGCUUCUACUUCCUGCUGUCCGAGGCGGAAGGCUUUCAGGGUGACUGGGUGUAUCCGUACCGGCCGGGAGACUACGCU